UGAAUAUUCAUCUUGAAAAUAUCUUGGCUAAUGGGCCAUCCCACGACCCAUUUUGACAAUGCUUUCAUCCAAUUGAAUCACUUGUCAUCCUACCAGGAGAAAUCAUUUUUUUAUUCUCACUUUUCCUUCCAUUCGUUUUGAUUUCCUUGUUUCAGGUUUAUGAUAAACCAGAAUGUGGCCGUAAAACCCGUCCAGGUUAGGGAAGUCAGCAAGAGAUGGGAAUUGACGGACAAGCUCCCCUAGCCAUAUCAUUCAAGCUUCAAAAUAUUGACCAUGGGUUUUUCUGCCAUUUUCUCAAGGGAUUUAUCUUGAAUUUUGACAGAAGAACUCCGUCGCGCUUCACUUGAAAGAAGGCGACAAGCGAAUUCAACGAUUUUUUUCGAAGGGGCGAUUCCUCAGUUUUGGUAAUUUGAUCACAAAAAACUAAAAAGCCAUUUCGUUGUUCUGCAUUCACGAAACAACUUGUAGACCUUCACAAAAGCACUGACGGCGGGGAGGGUGAAGUGGAGAAAAAAAUGAUCGAGAGAGAAGAAGAAAUCACUGCUCCUUUGAUUCAUCGGCACGUCCAAGAUGUGGAUGCCUCCUCCGAUUCACAUCAAGAUGAAAAUUCGCCAGUUGAGCAAGUGGCAAUGACGGUUUUGCCCUCAGAUGAACCCACCUUGCCCGUCCUCACCUUCCGAAUGUGGGUCCUCGGUGCCUCUGCCUGUUUUCUCCUUUCAUUCCUAAAUCAGUUCUUUUGGUACCGCCGAGAGCCCCUGUCAAUCUCUGCUAUCUCGGCUCAGAUAGCUGUGGUGCCCCUCGGCCACCUCAUGGCUGCAGCUCUCCCCCGGCGAGUCUUCUUCCAGGGGCAAAGAUGGGAAUUCAGCCUCAAUCCUGGAAAGUUUAAUGUGAAGGAGCAUGUUUUGAUCACAAUCUUUGCCAACUCAGGGGCAGCCAAUCCUUAUUCCAUCCAUAUUGUUAGUGCGGUUAAGAUAUUUUACAGGCAGACGUUGACUUUUUGGGUUUCAUUGGGGGUUGUUCUGACCACACAGUUGUUGGGCUUUGGGUGGGCUGGGCUCUUCCGUAGGUACCUGGUGGAGCCUGCUGCCAUGUGGUGGCCCCAAAAUCUUGUCCAGGUGUCUCUGUUCAGGGCGCUUCAUGAGAAAGAAGUGAGGGCUAAGGGUGGACUGACACGAAUUCAAUUCUUCCUCAUUGCCUUUCUCUGCAGUUUUGCUUACUAUGUAUUUCCAGGAUAUCUUUUCCCAAAGCUUACUUCUAUUUCCUGGCUCUGCUGGAUAUUUUCUUCUUCGGUCCUAGUCCAACAGCUAGGUUCUGGACUCCACGGUCUAGGAAUUGGUUCUAUUGGGCUUGACUGGUCGAGCAUUUCCUCAUAUCUUGGCAGCCCAUUGGCUAGCCCGUGGUUCGCGACUGCUAAUAUUGCUGUUGGAUAUUUUAUCUGCAUGUAUGUUAUUACGCCUAUUAUGUACGGGCUAAAUGUCUACAAUGCAAAGACGUUUCCCAUUUUUUCAGAUGAUCUCUUUACAUCAAAAGGGCAAAUAUAUAACAUAUCGGCCAUUAUAGAUUCAGAUUUCCACAUCGACUUAGAGGCAUAUAAUCAUCAAGGGCACCUACACCUAAGCACCUUCUUUGCUACGACCUAUGCUUUUAGUUUUGCAUGCCUCACGGCCACGAUCGUUCAUGUCCUCCUUUUUCAUGGCAGGGAUAUAUGGUUGCUGAGCAAGUCAGCUUUCAAGGAGAAGAAAAUGGAUGUACACACAAAGCUUAUGCAAAUUUACAAGCAGGUCCCUGAAUGGUGGUUUCUAUGCAUUCUCACCUUAAAUAUUGCAGCCACCCUAAUCAUCUGUCAAUAUUACAACAGCCAACUCCAGUUGCCAUGGUGGGGUGUCUUGUUAGCCUGUGCUCUCGCCUUCAUUUUCACACUCCCCGUUGGCGUUAUCAAUGCCACAACAAACCAAAUGCCAGGACUGAACGUGAUCACGGAGUACAUAAUUGGAUACCUAUACCCAGGAUAUCCAGUUGCUAAUAUGUGCUUUAAGGUCUAUGGCUAUAUCAGCAUGAAACAAGCAAUAGUAUUUCUCCAAGACCUCAAACUCGGGCAUUAUAUGAAAAUACCACCCAGAGCGAUGUUCAUGGCCCAGGUAGUGGGCACCCUCAUAUCAUCACUGGUGCAUCUGGGGACAGCUUGGUGGCUAAUGGACACUGUCCCAAACAUUUGUGACCGAGCAGUCCUUCCUCCCGGCAGCCCGUGGACAUGCCCUGGAGACCAUGUCUUUUACGAUGCCUCUGUCAUCUGGGGCCUGAUUGGGCCCGAGAGACUAUUUGGGGAUCUCGGCCAUUACUCUGCCAUUAAUUGGGCUUUUCUAGUUGGGGCCAUAGCCCCUAUUGUAGUUUGGGCUGCACAAAAGGCUUUCCCAAACCAAGGAUGGAUUAAAUUGGUCAAUGUUCCAGUGCUUUUGGUGUCCAUAGUGAAUAUGCCUCCAGCAACUGCUGUCAACUAUAAUAGUUGGAUCAUAAUCGGCUUCUUGUCCGGGUUUGUUGCUUACAGAUAUCAUAGGGAGUGGUGGGGCCGGCAUAAUUACGUGUUGUCUGGGGCUUUAGAUGCUGGAUUGGCCUUUAUGGGUGUAAUGCUGUAUUUGUGUCUAGGGAUGGAACACGUUAGUCUUGACUGGUGGGGGAGUGAAACGGAUGGUUGCCCACUGGCUUCUUGUCCCACUGCAAAAGGGGUUUUUGUGGAAGGAUGUCCGGUUUAUUGACUGUUUUGAAUAUUGUUUUGUGGCCUUUGUACUUUGUUUCGGCUGCGCAUAAUGUGGUAAUUCUUGUGAGUAUUAAUGAAAGUGAUGCAUUGUAUAGUUUCGACGCGACAAAUUUCUUAUUUCAUGCAAAUGAGAAUGAAGCUUGACAGGGGCAGAGCAUCACGGGAUUCACAAUUGCUGCGUGCUCUGAAAUUAAAUGGUAAGAAGUGCAUAGUUUGUUGCCUCUUGCUCAAUCACCAUAGAAAGCAAUUCAAUGUAUUCUUACUAUUUUACAUCAAGUACUUAAUCUUGUAGAAAAAUCCGAGAAUGGAACAAAACUAUGUCAUUGAGGAACUCCCAACCCCUACUAGCUACAAUGACCACUUAUGGGAUCCCUAAUUUAAAAUUGCAAGUGAAGCUUAAAUUUUCA